UUAUGACUCAAAUUAUGAAAAGAAAACAAUUUGCUAAUUAGUUGUCUUGGUUUAUUUAAUUUCCUUUGUUUAAUCAGGCCACCUUUUAAUCUUCUAUUUUACUUAAAUCGGAUCAUCUCUCAUCUCUCCAGACCCUAGACCAGGUUUUCUAUCAUCGCCAAAAUGAAUCGUCUUUUCGGUCGAGGUAAACCCAAAGAAGCUCCUCCAAACAUAUCGGAUUGUAUUGCCAAUGUUGAUAGUAGAGCUGAUUCCAUUGACAAGAAAAUUGCAAAGCUCGAUGCGGAACUUGUGAAAUACAAAGAUCAAAUGAAGAAGAUGAGACCUGGAGCUGCAAAGCAAUCCUUAAUGCAAAAGGCCAUGAGAGUUUUAAAGCAAAAAAAGAUGUAUGAACAACAACGAGAAAAUUUAAUGGCUCAAUCAUUCAACAUGGAACAAGCAAAUUUUGCUACUCAAAUGUUAAAAGACACUAAAGUGACGAUGGAUGCCAUGAAGAUCGGAGUCACUCAAAUGAAAAAGGAAUAUAAGAAAGUAAACAUCGAUGAUAUCGAGGAUCUUCAAGAUGAAUUGGAGGAUAUGCUUGAUCAAGCCAAUGAAGUUCAAGAGGCAUUAGGCAGAAGUUACGGAGUCCCUGAUGUCGAUGAAGCUGAAUUGGAAGCGGAAUUAGAAGCUCUUGGUGAUGAAUUAGUCUCUGACGCUGAUACCUCGUAUCUCGAAGGAAUCGGUGUCCCAUCAGCCCCAACCAAAGAACCCGGAACAGAAUCGACCACUGAUGAUUUGGUCGACGAGUUUGGCUUACCCAGGAUUCCUGCCUCUUAAUUAAAUCCAAGGAAACGUCACUCAUUAACUCAACCAUCAAACUUUUGUGCAGAAAUUGAAAAAUUAACAAAAUCCUUGAUUCUUGAGACAAAAUAAACCAUUUCCAUUAUAUUUGUUAUAAUGUAAUCACCAAUUAAAUAUUUUCACUUCAAUCAAGUCUUUUAUCAGUUGUAUUGACUAUUCAUGUACCAAAACGUAUUAUUGUUACAACAAUAAAUUCAUUUACAAUUAAAA